AGAGAACCACCUCGUCAGCCACCUCGCCAAACCACUACGGCACAGCUUUGCUAAGGGGAGAGGAACGCUGCUCCUAUCGCCCCCCACCAGGCCCGAAGGCACCCACAGCACCACAGAACGGGGCCGGAGCAGCCGCGCGGCUCGGCGGGAGCGCAGCUAAAUGAAGCUGCGGAAGGAAAGAGGAGCUCCGUGGCAGUCAGGGUGAACAGGCGCUGUGCCAGACACGCGUAAAGUUUUGCCCUGAAACAGAAGCGGUAGCAAAAGUCGAAAGAACCAGCGCAUUUCUUAAAAACGGCCUUAACCACAGCGCGACGGGAGGCCACAGUAACUAAAAAAGGCUUGGAACCCCCGCGGCUUAUUGCUGUGAGGCGCCUUAACAGCCCACCUCAGAGCACGGCUCUAUGCCAGCAGCAGCGUCCCUACACAGCACUCCACGUGCAGGCGCUGACGAGCAGCCCGUGGGAGGAGCCCAGCGCGGCCGCAAGAUGGCAGCCCGCCUCACGCAGUGCCCCGCCCUUCGGUGACGUCACCAAGAACACAGGCUCCUAUUGGCCGAGAGGAAAGAGUGGGCGGGACGCGGUGACACAGCGGCAGCUGUGACCCGAACCGGAUUUGAUUCCACCCGCGCUCGCCGCCGGCUCCGAUCGCCGCUCCUCGGGCCCGCAGCGCCUUCCUUCACGCCCGCCGCCGCCAUGGCGCUCAGCGAUGCCGACGUCCAGAAGCAGAUCAAGCACAUGAUGGCUUUCAUUGAGCAGGAAGCCAAUGAAAAGGCUGAAGAAAUAGAUGCAAAGGCUGAAGAAGAAUUCAACAUCGAGAAGGGUCGCCUCGUUCAGACGCAGAGACUGAAAAUCAUGGAGUAUUAUGAAAAGAAGGAGAAACAAAUUGAGCAGCAAAAGAAAAUUCAGAUGUCCAACCUGAUGAAUCAGGCAAGACUGAGGGUCCUCAAAGCAAGGGAUGACCUUAUUUCAGAUUUGCUGAAUGAGGCCAAGCUAAGACUUGCCAAGGUGGUGAAGGAUACUGCCAGGUACCAAAUACUGCUGGAUGGACUAGUUCUACAGGGAUUCUACCAGCUGCUUGAGCCUAGAAUAGUUGUCCGGUGCAGGAAACAAGAUCUCCCUAUGGUUAAGGCUGCUGUACAGAAGAGCAUUCCUAUCUACAAAAAUGCCACAAAAAGGGAUGUGGAUAUCCACAUUGACCAAGACAACUUCCUGCCAGAGGAAAUUGCUGGAGGUGUCGAAAUCUACAAUAGUGAUGGUAAAAUUAAGGUUUCUAAUACCCUGGAAAGUCGGCUGGACCUUGUAGCCCAGCAGAUGAUGCCAGAAAUCAGAGUGGCUCUCUUUGGUGCUAAUGCCAACAGGAAAUUUUUGGACUAAGCCUCUAUAAGAAAAGGUGGGAUCAGUUCCACUGCCAUACUGAGGGGAUGCAAAAGCAUCUGCUAAUUUAAAAUCUUGAAAUGUAACAUUACUGUGUCAUCCAAUCUCUUCUUCAAUGGAAUAAUUUUGCAUACCUGCUGUGCUUAGCCUCUCCACUUGUGAUUAGAAUGUAUAGCUUAAAGGAUGUGAAGACACAUAUGUGAAUGCAGGAGACACUAGAAGAUGGAGGCUUUUGGGCUCUUUGCUUUCCUUGCACUGCUGUGGCUCUGUAAAGACGAGUGGUCCUUUUAAGGUCACUCAUAUUUUACUUUGGCCACAUUUCUCUCAAGUUGUCUAAUCUGUGAUGUAAAUUACUGUGCUGCCCAUGGGAUGUCCCCUUUCAGUUAAGGUCUUCAGUGUUAUAGAGGGCAUGCAUUCCUUCCCAGGGUUAGUAGUUCAAUUCUUGUUACUUGGUCAGGCAGUUUUCUGUUCUCUCUAUGUGAUUUUAAAGACAAACAACAACAAAAAAGCCUGAGCCUGUGAAACACUAUUUAUUGAAAUAAAAACGUGUGUGUGUAUACAGAG